CUGGUCUAACAGGCGAAAAUCUAAGAAAUCAAAUUUGGGAGAACGAUGAAUAGUUCGUCACCAGCUAAUUCAUCGAUGUCGACGACGGCGGUUGUCGGCGGCGGCGGCGGCGGCAGCAAUGCGGCUGUUUCCGCUGACGAUAUCCAUUUUUCUGAUCACAUCUCGACGCAAGAGCGUAAGGACGAGGCCAUGCUAGUUUUGAAAUCUGACCUCAUGGCUGGACUUGAUAAGGAGGUUAAAUCCUUGGAUGAAGAUAACUGGAAGUUUGAAGGACCUCGUUCGCGGAUCCACCUUGUAUCACGUCGAGGUGGUGGUCAUCUCUAUAGGCCCACAGAAAUUUCAAAGAAUUGGAGUUUGACUCCACCAAAAUAGUUGGAAGUGUCACCGCAACAGCCGAUAAGAACUACUAUGCUACAUUUCUUUUCCUUUCAUGCUAGAUUUUCAGUCACAUUGUAGUUUAAUAUAUGUGGUAUUGUUGCUUUAGUUGUGAGGGAUCAAAGAUUAGUUUUAGUUGAAUGUUUCAAAACUGAAGGUAUUUUAAUGUAGGGAAAAUUAUUAUAAAAACAAUGUCAGCAUGUUGGAUUCGGAAAAGAAAAAAAAAAAGAUGGGUUAACGAAGUCAUUCAAGUUAUUAGUCGGUGACCUCUUUGCCCAUGACUUGAGUAACUGUUUACCAUUUACC